CAAAUCCCUUCCUUUCUGAAAGAUCCAGACAUCCAAACCGACAACAGGACAACAGGACAACCGACAACCACACGAGGACAAGUUCUUCUGCCACUCAGUACCAGACAAAAGCAACUCAUUCCAGCACGAUGCAAGCCUUUGCCAUUGAGAAAUCUGGUGAUAAGGAAGGCAAACUGGUGUCCCUUCCUAUCCCCAAACCGUCACCAAACCAUGCCUUGAUUAAGGUUCUUCGUGCCGGAGUGUGCAAUACAGACCUGGAGAUAUUGCAGGGAUACAUGGGAUUUACAGGAGUCCUGGGCCACGAAUUUGUGGGUCGAGUAGUGGAAGUGAAUACGACCGAUCCAGCCACCAAAGACAAAUGGCUGAAUCAACGGGUUUGUGGUGACAUUAACGUGGGAUGUGCUUCCUGCGACAUUUGUCAUGGAUGCUUGGAUGGUCGUUGUUCGAAAAUGGGGCGCAACCAUUGUCCCAAUCGAACCGUCCUGGGCAUUCUCAAAAAGAAUGGCACCAUGGCCGAAUACUUGACCUUGCCGGUAUCCAAUCUACACAAAGUACCCGACACCAUGGACGAUGCCACGGCUGUGUUUGCCGAACCCCUGGCAGCGGCUUGUCGUAUUGUGGAACAAGGACUGGUCAAUUAUGAUAGUAGCGAUCCACCCGAUAAAGUGGCAAUACUGGGAGACGGCAAACUAGGACUCAUGAUUGCAGAGGUCUUGGGACGAGAACAUGCCAAACGACUUGGCCAGAACAACAAUCACCCGCGACCCGUCAUGUUUGGAAAACACCAACACAAACUGGAUUUGGUGAGUGAGAGCGGUGUGGAUUGUCGGCUGGUUUCCGAAUGCAUUGACACGGAAGCAUUCAGUGGAGUGGCAGCACAGCAUGCUGCCAAAUACGAUGUGGUGGUAGAUGCCACAGGGUCUCCAGCAGGAUUGAAAUUGGCAGCAGGCUUGUGUCGGCCCAUGGGAACUUUGGUUCUAAAGUCGACUUGUGCUGCUGGAGAACAUUUCAAUGCAGCUCCGUUUGUCAUUGAUGAAUUGAAGGUUAUUGGGUCGCGGUGUGGACCGAUCCAUACCGCAUUGGACUUGUUGGCUAUUACGAAGGAAACAACGGAGGCAAGCGGUUUGCCUCCACUGCGAGUCGAAAAAUAUGUUACCAAGACGUUUCCCUUGUCUCAAGCAGUGGAGGCAAUCCAAUGCGCUGCCGAGAAAUCUACCAUGAAGGUUCAAAUCAUUUGUUCCGAGUAGUUUAUGGCACGCAAUCCAAAUGGUGGCUGCUCCUACAAGCAAGAUGGACAGUACUACUAGAUUUGUUUCUAUCAUGAAGUUGUCGUUCGCACAGGAAGUUGCAAUAGCAAUGCUAAGUCAUGAACAAACGGCGGCUCUAGCUAGUUGGAGUCUUGGCGUUGUCCUGGAUACUCGUCGUCGUCAAUAACUUCUUAGAAAGCACAGCUCUGCAGCACAUGCCAUCACAAAGUGAACGCCCCCAGGUUCUGAUGUUGUCCAACCUACCGGUAGCAGCUAGCGAGGGGGUAGCGGAACAAUGCUGCCAUGCUGUCCCCUUUUAGAACCUAAUGAACUAACUACAUGCUAAUCCCACCGAUUCCUUGUCCUUGUUUGAUCUCGUUUCUCAUGAUGGGCUCCUUUCUCUGUCAUUGCAAUUGAACCAU